UCAAGGGCAGCAAGCGCCGCAAAUCCCUGCCCCCCGUGCACCAGGACAUCACUGAGCUAAGCAAAUCCAUCAGCCUGGACCUGCCUGAGAGCGAGCGUCUCUCCAUGCUCAUCCUCUCCUGUUUCCAGUUUACUGCCCAGAAGCUCGAGCAGGUCCUGAGGCAGAGGAAGGGAUUCAGCCCUGAGGCUUUUGCUGCCAAGGUGCAGGCGCUGUCGGCGGAGCUGGAGCGGUUGGUGCAGAGGCUGAACCAGGACGGGACCCUCCGGGACUGUGUGGAGGAUCCUGAGGGGAAUCCCCUGGACUCGGCUCUGGAUGAACCCGUGGCCCAGGUGAAGCAGCACAUGGCCAGGUUCUCUGCCGAGCGCCAGGCCUGGGACCAGCUCCUGCAGCAGCACCAGGACAGAGCCCAGGAGGCCCUGGAGCAGCCGAGCGGGGCCGCGGCGGUGCUGGAGCUGCAGCUCAGCUCCAAGGGCAAAGUCCUGCCCCUCUACACCAAAAUCGGGGAAAUGGGGGGUUUCGCCAUUUGGUGCAAGAAGGGGCCGGUGGGGCCCCGGCCCAGCCCCGGCCCGAGGCCGCUCAGCACCGGGAUGGAGCAGCUCUCGCUGCAGCCCCCCAGGCCCCCCCCUCCAUCCAGCACCAAAGGCCGCUCCCAUCCCGAAUCCCUGCCCGACCCCUCCGGGAUCUACGGCCUCUCAGCCAUGGACGGAGUUCCCUUCGCCCUCCACCCCAAAUUCGAGCCCAAGCUCAGCUCUGGCCCCGCUCCAAUUCUGGCUGACCUGACGGUGAAAUCCCUCGCUGACAUCGAGCAGGAGUACAAUUAUGGAUUUGUGGUGGAAAGGACGGCGGCGGCUCGGCUGCCCCCGGGCACCUGAGCCCUUCCAGGCGACAUUCCAAAGGGAAUUCCAGAGCCUUGGAGCUGCUCCAGGAGGAAAUAAACGUGUUUCUCUACCUA